UUGAAAGUCCAAAACAGCUGAACCCGAAUAUGGGUUUCUUGAAACUUAUUAAGGAAUGGAGGGAUACUUUACAUGGCGAAAACUAAGGAAAAAAGAAGCACACUCCAGUUAAAGAAAACUGACUGUUUUAAAAUUUAAAGUUAAACAAGAAAAAAUUAGUAAUGUUGUGCUUGCUAAAAAUUUCUAGAUUGGCUACGAGGAGUCCUCAUACCAUCUGCAUCUUAUCCGACCAACCAUGGAGCUCGAGGAAUUUUCAACAGCCAUGGGAUGGUGUGAGGCCCUUGCUAUAGUGUCUUCUAGGCCUUGUAUCGAGGAGGUGGACUCCUACCGUCAGGUCUGGAACUGAUUCCUUGUUCUUUUGUUCAAGAACUAGAGAAUGACACCUCCUGAUCUCUUUGACUCUGUUUUAGCCAUGCUUUAUUGUUUUUGGUUUCUUUUGUCUUGGCUCUGGUGUACAUCAAAUGGAUGUUGUUGCGUGGUGUUUUCUCGACCACUUGUGGAGUCGAAACUUACGCAUGACUCACUCUCAUGGUUGUUUCAUCCGAUGGGGUUACCUUCCUCCCUGGAUUCCACCUCUUUGGUUUGCCUUCCUCGUUGUUUUUGAUCUGUUUUAUAGCUAUUAUCUUUUGAACCUUUGGUCUUUUGUUCGGACCUAUCUUUUGUAACCACUGUUGUUUGUCAGCUUUUAAUGACAUUGAUAUGUUUCCGACCAAAAAAAUUCAACAUAAGUAAGGGACAUCAGACGAUUCAAAAAUGAAACCAAACAAUGAGCAAUUUGUGCUUCUAGAACAUUCAUCUCUUCCUCAUUGUCCUAACUUGGUUUUCAAAUUCUGACAAAAACACCCAAAACUAUACAUCCAAUCAAUGUAAAUCCAGCACCUGACACAUUGCAUGGACAACACCUGCAUCAAUCCAAUUCCUUUACAGGAAGGUGCCAAAAAACAAAAUUCAAAAUAUUGCCCCCAAAACUAACUUUGUCCCUUCUUCACAUUUUUGUUAAAGCCAAGCAUCUUCCACCCCUUGCCUUUCUAAACGCAAACCUCUGCAAUCUCUCCCUCUAUACAUAUCCAUAUAUACAUGUAUUUAUACAUUUAUGUCUGUUGAUAGUCCUUUAUAUUAUUAAUGGAGAUGGGCGAAAAGAUGAAUAAGGAGGCAUUAGUGGUUUGUAGUGAUAAGAGUACGGGUAUUGGGAUAACCGUGUGGGACUUGGAAACUGGGGAACAACUCCUUCAUAUCCCCACCUGUGCUGCCGCUCCUCAUGGGCUGUUUUGUUUGAGAAACCAGUUCAUUGUAGCUUCUCAAAGCAACAGGCAUGGCUCUUUUGGUGGUGGGUCUAUCUUUAUUUGGCCAUUGAACAAGCCUCAGUCACCAUUGCGGAGCUACACAUUGGAGGCAAUGGGCCCCAUUUCUUGCACAAAAGAUGGCUUAUAUAUUGCGGGUGGAGCUACUUCCGGGAAUGCUUAUCUUUGGGAGGUUACCAGUGGAAGAUUGCUGAGAACAUGGCAUGCUCAUCAUAAAUCACUGAAGUGUAUGGUCUUCUCUGAUGAUGAUUCACUUCUUAUUUUUGGUUGUACCGAUGGAAUCAUCUCUGUUUGGUCUAUGAUUAGUUUGGUAGAUGUGGAAGAUUCUGGAAGCUCACCUUCUUUGCUCUAUUACUCAUCAGAACAUAGAUCUUCCAUAACUGGGUUAGUAACUAUGUCCGCUGGUGCACGUUCCAUUUUCAUAUCAAGCUCUCUCGAUGGAACAUGCAAGGUUUGGGAACUAGUUUCUGGAAGGCAUUUACAAACAUUAGUUUAUCCAAUGUCAGUGACAGCCAUCGCUUUUCAUCCGAUAGAGCGGCUCCUUUUUUCUGGUAGUGUAGAUGGAAAUAUAUUUGUUAAUGUGCUUGACAUUGGAGCAGUUGAGGAUUGUUUCGUUACUACGGAAGAUCAAGCAUUUGUGCUAAAAGUACACAAUGAAUCUAUAACUGCAUUGACUUUUAGCGGAUUUCAUCUGAUAUCUGCAUCGGAGGAUUUUACAUUCUGCCUAUGGGAUACAAUUAACCGGGUGGUCCUUAGAAGAUUCAACAAUAGAAAAGGUGCAGUGACUAAUAUGGUUGUGAUUAAGCAGUCUUCAUUGUUUCCCAUCUCAAACCAUCAAAGAGUUACUCAUCAAUUCCAGGUGUCUUUGCUCCAAAAGUAUCCUCAGCCUUCCAACCCAGGGAAGGGGAUGGCUACGUUCCUUUCUUUUCCAGCUUCCCACAGCAAGCCACCUCCCACUCAUUUCCAUGGAAACAAUUUGCUAGACCAUUUAAUAUCAGGUUCAGAGCAAGAAGAACAAACACCUGCUAUGCUGCAAACGAAAUUGGAGAAAAACAUAGACGAUCGACUAUGGGUAACAAGCAUGACAAAGCAUGUAAUGGAGAUAAGCAAGCAUUUGCAAUGUCGUUUGCUGGAUAUGAUGCAGUGCCGGUUGCUAUGCAACCCGUAUGAACUAGAUUCAUCCCCAAAGAAAAAAAGACACAAAAUUCAGUCUCAAAAUCAAACUCCUACGGAGCAAUCUGAGUAAUUUCAAAUUUUGUGAUUAUCAAAUGGAGAUGUAUCCCUUCACCCUUUAAAACUAUCUUUCUACUGUACUUUUUUUAAUCAAAUUUUGCCAUGGAUUAAAUAUCAAUAGUAACCCCCAUUUUCCUGGUGCAAGCAGCAUCGGAAAGAAA